GUGACCUCAAGUACUGCAGGCAUGUACAACAUGCAGCUUGCAUCCUGUGUUGUACUGACGCUCGCACUCCUCGUCAACAGCGCGCCCACUCCAAGCUCUACAAAGGAAACACAGCAGCACCUCACGCAGUUAUUGCUGGACUUACAGAUGCUUCUGAGAGGGAUCAAUAAUGACAGGAAUCCGAAACUCCCCAUGAUGCUCACGUUUAAAUUUUACAUGCCCAAGAAGGCCACAGAACUAAAACAUCUUCACUGCCUAGAAGAAGAGCUUGGGGCUCUGCAGAGUGUGCUGGAUUUGGCUCAGAGCAAAAGCUUUCACUUGAAAGAUGCUGAGAAUUUCAUCAGCAACAUCAGAGUAACAGUUGGGAAACUGAAGGGCUCUGAGAACACAUCCUCGUGUGAAUUCGAUGAUGAGACGGUAACUGUGGUGGAAUUUCUGAGCAGAUGGAUCACCUUCUGUCAAAGCAUCAUCGCAACAAUGACUCAAUAA